AGUAACAAGUCAUCUGGAAACCGACUUUCCAUUAUUCGUCGCACAUUGAGUUUGUGUAGUCAUCAAUAUGUUUUUAAAAAUUACUAUAGUACUAAUUUUUGGAGUAAUAACAACAACAGCAGUUAUAAAAGCAGGGAAAUAUUAUCCGAAUUUGCCAUUUGGAGAGUACAAAAUACGAUUUAAAGCGGUUUUUCCGUGUGAGCCUACUACACACCAUAAGCUACAGUAUAAUUUGUAUUUUAGUAGAAAAAGCAUUUCUGUACUCGAGUUAAAGGGCAACAUGACCUAUUUAGUUCCAUUUGACGAUACAGUUAAAGUGAAAAUCAAUAUGGCUGCAAGAGGAUCAAUGGGUGGCUGGAAUGAAAACGCGCACGUUUUCACAACGACCGAUGCUUGUGGAAAGAUGAAGUUUUUGAUGGGAAACGCAUGGAACGUUUUCGUUGAAGAGCUACAUUUCAAGUCUCUGGAUUGUCCAAACGUCCCGGGUGUAUAUUCAACAACCGGAUUCAGCGUGGACAAAUUGUUGGAAACUAAUUUCCCAAAGACAUUUUUUUACGGAGAAUAUAAAAUGUUGUUUAACUUUACAAGUAAAGUAAACGAACAUCUCGGCUGUGUCAUUUUUAUGGUAGACAUCUUACGUCCGUGGGAAUCAUAUUAAACAUUUCGAUGUCUAAAGUAUACGAUUUUGCAUUUAAAAAAAAUAUAAAU